CCUACCCAUACUUCCACCUAAUCUGCUUUUGUUUUGUUGUCAUUCUGGUUCUGGAUCUCGCCAGUCUACCAGUUCAGGAUCAGAUCUCUCUCUCUCUCAUAGUCUAUAUAUAUAUAGACUUGUUUUUCCUGGUAAACUCUCUCUUCUCCAUGUUUAUUUAUUCUAUCAAAUCCAAGUAAUAUAUCCAUCUCAAGACAAAUUUAUUUUUUCCAUUCCUGAUCGAGUCCCCCUCUUUGAUGAAGAUCACAAGCAGAAAACUGCUCUUUGUCUCUCAACUCCAUGCAUGAAACCAAUGAAUUGGGUCUCUUUGCUUCUCCAAGGGGAAAUUGAACAGAUCAGCAAACAACCACCCACCACCCAUCUCUUGGCCUUUGUUUCCCUGUCAUCACUUGGUCCUCCUCCCUCUCCCGAUAGCGGUGGCAGACAUGAUGUCUUCAGAUAAUAUUCCGGCAAAGCAAGCGACAGACGACGAGAGCCAGAACGGAGGGCGCAAGACCGCAUCAUUAAGGCCACCCGAGCAGCCGUUGAAAUGCCCACGAUGCGAUUCGUCUAAUACCAAAUUUUGCUACUACAACAAUUACAGUCUCACACAGCCAAGGCACUUCUGUAAGACAUGUAGAAGGUACUGGACCAAAGGAGGCGCCUUGCGCAACGUUCCGAUAGGGGGUGGUUGCCGGAAAAAUAAGAGGGGGAAAUCGAGUUCAAGACUCUCUGGCGACCCGAAGGACUCCGGUGCACCGUCGUCCGAUAUAGGUGGGCUGAAGUUCUUUCAUGGGCUCUCUCCAUCCACGGAGUUUCAGCUCUGUGGUGGUCUCCCUUUCUCUAGACUCCAUUCUUCAACAGCAGGUAGUGUUUUUAAUAAUCAGUUUCUAUCAUAUGGAGAUCAUAUGCCAUCUACCAUUGCUGCAACUGCAACGGCUACCAAUUCUUCUUGUUUCGAUAUCGACGGGGCGGCUGCAACCUCAGGGCCUUUAAUGGGGUUUAAUUACCAUAUUCCUUCACUCGGUAGACAAGGAGAGAGUGGAAGUUUUAAGCUCAGUGGGGGCAUUCAGGAGAUGGGUUCCAUGAAUGUUCACAGUAGCCUGGCAUCUUCGAUCGAGUCUUUGAGUUAUAUCAAUCAAGAUUUGCACUGGAGGUUGCAGCAGCAGAGGUUAGCCAUGCUUUUUGGUGGAGAGAAUCAGAAAGACAGUGAUGUUGUUUCUUCUCCUCCUGCAACUCUACUCGAAAAUCAGGUACAGAAACCACAACCCAUUUCGUUUCAGAACCUGGGUAUCUCCAAAUCGGAGGUUUCGGGCGUUACCACUCCAACAAAGAACGAUGUCAGUGGCACUGGUAUCACAGCAACCGAAUGGUUCUUUGACAACUCUUACACCCCAACCACCACCGCCAACAGUAACAAUAAUACUGGCAACUGGAAUGGAAUUCAUGCGUGGACAGAUUUGCAUCAAUACAGUGCUUUGCCUUAGCUAGUAAAGGAGACAAGAGUCGAUAUGUUCAGAUCGAAAACAAAACAAAAAGAGAUCACACAACCAGAAAAUAGAUAGAAUUAGAAAACCCCAUCUUUGUUAAUAUUCUUUUCUUCUUUCUCUUCUCUUCUUUGUUCUUAUUUUUGUCUUCUGUUCUGGGAGUUUUUUCCUUAUGAUCUGGUGCUUCGAUCUUUGUUCUUCAUUUAGUCCUCUUUUGCUCGGAGCUUAUUGCCUUAUUCCGCUGCAGCUCAUCAAGAUCUGGGGAAGCAAAAAUUAGUGGUUCAUAGUAAUAGUAUUAUUAUUUUAUGAUAUUUUGGAGGAAAGAGUACUGAUUGUAGUUACUUGUUCAUCAUCUUCUUAUUUCUUCUAA